AUGAGAGGGACAAACCAGUCCCGUGUCUCUGAGUUCCUCCUCCUUGGGCUCUCCAGGCGGCCCCAGCAGCAGCAGCCCUUCUUUGUACUCUUCCUGAGCAUGUACCUGACCACGGUCCUGGGAAACCUGCUCAUCCUCCUGGCCAUUGGCAUGGACUCCCGCCUGCACAUCCCCAUGUACUUCUUCCUCAGCAACCUGUCCUUUGUGGACAUCUGCUUCUCCUCCACCACUGUCCCCAAGAUGCUGGCCAACUAUAUACUCGGGACUCAGACCAUCUCCUUUUCUGGGUGUCUCACACAGAUGUAUUUUCUCUUUGAGCUUGCCGACAUGGACAAUUUCCUCCUGGCUGUGAUGGCCUGUGACCGCUCUGUUGCCAUAUGCCACCCCUUACACUCCUCAACAAAGAUGACCCACCAGCUCUGUGCCCUGCUGGUUGCUGGGUCAUGGGUCAUUGCCAGCCUGAAUGCUCUUUUGCAUACCCUGCUGAUGGCUCGACUCUCGUUCUGUGCAGACAGUGCCAUCCCCCACUUCUUCUGUGAUGUGACGCCCCUCCUGAAACUCUCCUGCUCCAACACGCACCUCAAUGAGGUGAUGACUGAGGGUUCUCUGACCAUGAUCACUCCAUUUAUUUGCAUCCUGGCUUCAUAUGUCCGUAUUACCUGUGCCGUCCCGAGAGUCCCAUCCACAAAGGGAAAAUGGAAAGCCGCCUCCACCUGUGGCUCCCACCUGGCCGUGGUUUCUCUCUUCUGUGGCACCAUCGUUGCUGUGCAUUUCAACCCUUUAUCCUCGCACUUGGCUGAGACAGAAGCAGCUGCUGUGAUGUUCACAGUGGUGACCCCCAUGCUGAACCCCUUCAUCUACA